GUUAGUGGGACCUAAAAAGAGAAAAAAAACCAAACACACCACACCACACCAUAACAACACCAUAAACAACAAUAUAGCUUCUAUUGUUUUCUUCUUCUUUUUUUUCUUUUUCCAUGUCUAUCAAGAAUUACUUGUUAUUAUGAAUAAUACUAUUGGUGUUCUCUUCUUCCAUGGCGAACAAGAUUAGAAGGAAGAUGUCACAACUAUGCAAGAGAAUUGUUGAGGUUGAUAUAAGGUGGGGUGUGUUGCAAAGGGUAUCUUUUGUUGGACAAUUUUUUCACUUCAUUUGGGAUAGGCUUCUUGUUUGUUCUGUUGGGAAGAAGAGUAAGUCGUCUCGGUAUACGAGACUUCCCCUUGGGGAUUCUUCUCUGGCCGUGGCCGUGUCAGACGACCACGACCAGGGAUUCCACCACACAUUGGUUAGCGAAAGUGGGUAUGAAACGGAUUCCGAUUUGGUUAACUUGAAGAUCAGUUUAUUGGGUGAUUGCCAUAUUGGAAAAACUACUUUUGUGAUAAAAUAUGUAGGGAAUGAACAAGAGAAGAAGGGGUUGCAGAUGGAAGGGCUAAAUUUAAUGGACAAAACAUUGUUUGUUCAAGGAGCUCGUAUUUCUUUUAGUAUAUGGGAUGUUUCAGGUGAUAAAAAAUCCUUGGAUCAAAUUCCCAUGGCUUGCAAAGACGCAGAUGCAGUUUUGAUAAUGUUUGAUCUUACUAGUCGUUGUACACUCAAUGGUGUUUUUGGAUGGUAUAGCGAAGCAAGAAAGUGGAAUCAGACUGCAAUUCCCAUUCUAAUUGGAACAAAAUUUGAUGAUUUUGUUAGGCUCCCCCCAGAUUUACAAUGGACAAUUGUCACACAGGCCAGGGCUUAUGCAAGGGCAAUGAAGGCAACCCUAUUCUUUUCAAGUGCAACACACAAUAUAAAUGUCAACAAAAUCUUCAAAUUCAUCAUGGCUAAGCUGUUUAAUUUGCCAUGGACGGUAGAAAGAAAUGUGACUGUCGGAGAGCCCAUUAUUGACUUCUAUUGAUUCAUUUCGUGUGUGUACAUACCUGGGGAUCAAGAGGAAAAAGAACAAAAAAAUAUAUCAAUGCAAGUUGACUAAAGUCUAUCACCAUUCACUAUAUAAAGUAUAUAAUUUACAUCUUUUUCAAAUUUAGGCCAUUUUGAUUACAUCUUUAUUUAGAGGGUAGGUUAGAUCGUAUGACUAAAUUUUAUGGGGCUAGUAACUACACUAAGUUCCCCCUAAGCCAAAACAGCUACUCAUAUUGGUGGUAGGUUCUAGUAUAAUUAUAUUAUAGUGAUUAUAUAAGUGUGUUAAAAUUAAAGUUACACUUUUUUAUAUUUUUACUUUUUUAAAAUAACACUAAAAUGUUAUUUUAAUUUUAGCAACACUUUUUAAAAUACUAUAAUCAUGUAAUAUAGUCAUAUUAUAGAAUGACCCACUAAUAUUUUCUUAUUGUGUGAUCAUAUAUUAUUUUUACAGUAAAAUUUUUAUACAUUCA